AUGCGAAGUUUCUCCCACAUCUCGCCAUCCGCUGCCAACCAGUCAGAGGAGGCUCCCGGCAGGCCAUUCCUUUUCCAGGGACCAGCGAGUCAACCAGAGCUGAGUGAGGUUCCUCCCUGCGCUGGCCGGUGUCCCAAGUCUGAGCGCGUACAGAUCUUUAUGCCUCAGGGCAGCAUGCACCAAUGGCGGCCGCAGGCGGACGAGGUAUGCUGUUUCAGGAGUCGAUCUCUCUCAGGGGUCUACCCGCGGGACGAAGGUCGAGGGGGGCCCUUCGAUCCGGAAGGAACCUGGGCCUGGAAGAUCGCGGUUGGGAAGAUGGUGGGUAGGCCAUUGGAAGAUCAGAAAGGAACCUUGGAACUAUCUGAAUAG